AUGGAAGCAAUUUCGAGCUCCAGUUUGCAUAUUCCGAAGUUCUAUGAGUCUGCAUCUGCAAUUCAAUCUAUCAAAACAAGCAGCAAGCUUUUUGGGAGUGAAAUUUCGGACGAGGGCAAUGAUAAAGAAGAGAUCGUACCAGAGAAUGAUAAUGGUGGAUUCAGUUUAGUUACUGAAGAAAGUGUGUCUUUAUCUCAGGGUAAUUCAGAUUCCAUACAAAGUAGUGAAAAAAAUGCGGAUGCAACAUCAAGUGUGACAAAACCUCCUCCUGUGCUCUCAUAUGGAAAUACAACAGGGGGAGCAGGUACAAGGGCAGGGCUUUUCAGAACACCAAUAUCUGGUGGAGUACAAAGUGCAACUUCUGCUCAUGGCUUACCCAGACCAGCCUUAGCAGUCCGGAAUUUAAUGGAACAGGCUAGGUUUGCUCACUUGUGUACUGUGAUGUCCCGGAUGCACCAUCGUCGGGAAGGUUAUCCAUUUGGUUCACUUGUAGAUUUCGCGCCAGAUCCCAUGGGGCAUCCUAUAUUUUCAUUUUCACCGCUGGCUAUACAUACGAGAAAUUUGUUAGUUGAUCCAAGAUGCACACUAGUUGUGCAGAUUCCCGGAUGGAGUGGCUUAUCUAAUGCAAGGGUAACAAUCUUUGGUGAUGUAUAUCCUCUUCCUGAUGACAAGCAGGUAUGGGCUCAUAAGCAAUAUAUGGCGAAGCAUCAACAAGGGCCUUCUCAGAAGUGGGGAAACUUCUACUACUUUAGGAUGCAGAACAUAAGUGACAUAUAUUUCAUUGGUGGCUUUGGAACUGUUGCUUGGAUUGAUAUUAAAGAAUACGAGGCCCUUCAACCUGAUAAGAUUGCUGUUGACGGCGGCGAACAAAAUUUGAAGGAACUAAAUGCAAUCUUUUCAAAGCCCUUAAAAGAGCUUUUGUCCAAAGAAGCCGAGAUAGAUGAUGUUGCUCUCAUAUCAGUCGAUGGCAAGGGGAUUGACAUUCGUGUCCGUCAAGGCGCUCAGUUUAACAUCCAGAGGAUAUCGUUUGAAGAAGGCCACUCUGUUGAAACACUGGAGGAAGCAAAGGCAGCACUUCGGAAACAAAUCGAUAGAGGCCGACUCUACAACUUGCAAAAAUAA